GGCGGCGAGGGGAGCGACGAGGAGGGGAACGUCGUCGGCCGCGCCGUGCUGCCCGCCGUGCCCGCGGGCUGCCUCGUGGACAAGUUCCCGCUCCUCGACGCGGCGGGGGCGCCGACGGGCGCGUGCCUCACGUGCGCGGUGAAGCGCGUCGCGGGCUACCUGCCGCCGCCGCUCUACCAGCACGCGCUCUACGUCUACGAGCAGCGGCCCGCGCCCUACCUCGGCCCCCUGCUCCACAUGAACGAGCCCUGGGCGCCGCUCGGCGUGUCGCUCGAGGCGGCGCCGGCGCCGGGCGCCGUGCUCGUGCCCGACGUCGCCCUCCCGGAGGCCUGGGCGCGGGGCGACGGGCCCGGCGGCAUCCUCGUCGCGGACUGGACGCUCUGCAACACGCCCUGGGCGGGCGACGACCGCGGCUGGACCUACAGCGACGCGCUCGGCUCGGCGGCGGCGUCGCGCGUCGACUUUUACGGGGCCCGCUUCCGGCGCCAGCUCUACUACCGCCACGCGACGGACGACGCGCGCGUCCUCGAGGUCACGCGCGGCGACCUGCCCCCCUACGACCUCUACGACCACGUCGUCCGCGUCCACCGCCGCCGCGGCCUCGAGAGCUCGGACCUCGGCUCCCGCGCGGGGCCCGACGACGGCGCGCCCCUCGCCGAGUCGUGGUCCUGCACGUCGCUCUCGAGCCUCGACACGACCGCGGCGGACGACGGCCGCGCGAACGCGCGGAGGCCGCUCGCCGGGUCGCCGCGCUCGGCGCCCAAGGGCCCCGCGCUCGGCGGCUACCUCGAGGCCGCCUUCGACGAGGACGGCGGCGCGCCGCCGCCCGCCUUCGGCUUCCCGAAGCGCCACGCGCCGCGGCCCGAGCGGUCCGCGGUCUACGCGGCCUGCUCCGCGGUGGAAUGCUCCACCGCGGCGUGCAUGCUCUAA